AUGAGUGCUCCACUACCAACUAUGACCCAAGGUACCACCUCGUCUGGGAAGAAAAGGCGAUUAGAAGAUGUACAAAAUGAUGGUCAGGGCACCAACAACGACGAUGAUCGUAGGGGGUCUGAUUCGGACUCGGAUGGAGGUUCAGAUGGCGAACUCACUCAUCAGGACAAGCUCGAACGCAAAAGGAAGCGCAAGGCAGAACAAAAGAAACUUGGUGAAAUACGGCACCGCGACGAAGGUAUCGGGAAGGUUGCGGCAGCAUAUCUAAUCCCUAAAGCUGUAACUCCACUGGCUAGAGCGAUCCACGAAUUCACCAGGUUGGUUAUGGGAAUUCCUCGCAAAGGGUUGAGCACUGCGGUUGCGGAAGGUGCCUGUCAAAAAUUGCCCGAUCCACCCUCCGAAGAAGAAAUGGAAGCGUGGCUCAACCGUCAACAGCGUCGAGAAACACUGAUCAGAGAAGCUCAAGAGAAAGCAAUGGAGAAGUAUGUCAAAAAAAAACCGCAAGGGUUCAAACCGAAUAGAAAACAGAGGGAGAUGAUAGAAAAGGACGCCGCGGAAUCAGCAGCCCAGAAAAAUCCAAUGAGGCCGGUGAUUUUCAAGUCCCGUAUGUCUGCUAGUGGACGCUCUCGAUAUGCACACCACUUCGGAACACAAUGCGAAGCUGCGCUUGCAAUUGCUGGUUUUCCGCGUUGUACUUUCGAUUGGAACGCUUCUUACGACACACCAUGGAACUCGGCUACUGCGGCAAUCAUUCUAGCUCAGUGGGUAAAGACUUACGACGCUCAUGGAGCGAGGGGGUUUGGGAUCCUAAGUUCCGAUAACAAUGCUGCAGAUCGCGAAGAGGUUCUUCGACGUUGGUGUAGCAAUAAGGCCCCGAAAUUUAGAGAACAAUCUCGGCAAGUCGAAUUGAUGAAGACCGAUGGUGGUAAACAGAAGAUGAUGGAGCAAGCCGCGCAGUUACAACAAAGAGCAAACAAGAAACGUAGCAAAGAAAAGAUCUAUGAAUUGCGUGUGGAAGAAGCAACGUUGCACUUUGGCGAAGGUUCGGCCGAGGUGGAAAUGAUCUCGCAUCCCGAAAUUCAUUCAGAGGACGAGUUGAUAACAGAUACAUCAAACACAUUUGGUACACGGCAAAAGUUAAGGUUGGAAUGGCGAAGCAGUGAACUGGAUACAUUUAUCUCAUUGCUGGACCAAUGUCACUGGCAAAAACAGAUCAAUCCAAAAGUAAAGCGUACGGCCAAGCAAACGGUUGAGCGUGGAGCCUACGCACCCAAUGCUGAGCCUGAUCAAUUUCCACCAAAAGGGUUUCAACAGUCGUUAGUUUCUCAAAAUUGGCUAGACUUGCAAGAUGGAUUGGUGAUUUCAGAACUAGGUCUAAAUGAAAACGCUACUGUGGACAUCAAAUCAGCUAUUCAAGAGAUCUUACAAACACGGGUACGUCAGGUAGAUAUUUUGGAAGCCCGGUUACGUCAGGCAACAGGAAUGCAAUCUUGA